CCAGGAGUUGAGCGAUUCCAGUCUGUCAUGAACGGCUACAGACCGCGCCUCUUCCGCCGUGACAGUGAGAGCAGGCCACUGCUGUCAUCCGACGUAAGCAGGCCCACAAGCGAGAGUGAAGGCCCUGGGUUCAUGUUCUACCAGUCGGAAACCAGUGAUUCGGAAGCAUGGGACCAAUCUCAACCCAACUUCAUUUCUUCCCACAGGGCAGCCUUCAAUCAGGACCAGGACUUGUACAGCACCUUCGUUCCGAAGAAGCCGCCCAUCGUGGACUCCACAAUGUCAAAGCGAAACCAGACAAGCCGGAAGGAACCGACCAUCAGCAAACAGAGCAGCUUAGUAACAAUAUUCGCUGUGUGGAACACAAUGAUGGGUACCUCCUUACUUGCCAUGCCAUGGGGUAUGGAGAGAGCAGGCCUCGUUGCGGGACCUUUCUUAAUGAUUGUUCAAGGAGGAGUCUGCCUUUUCACUGCCUAUCUCAACCUGAGGACAGAAUCUCACCUUGGAUCUCCCACAUGGGAAAUUUCAGAAUUAACAAGAGCAUUACUGGGGCCAGUAGCUGAAGUCAUUGCCAAGAUCUUUUCCUUUGUCGUACUCCUUGGGGCAAAUAUUGUAUAUUGGAUCCUCAUGAGUAAUUUUCUGUAUUUUACCAUCAAUUUCAUCACAGGAGUAAGAGAAGAUGUAAUUCUAUCAGAUACUGUGGUCAGCAGUGUCAAUUCCAGCUUAGCAGGGGCUUUAUGUCCAUUAUUUAAAGAAGAAAUAAUGAAUGAAUCUCUGAAAGAAAUUUCUCUCUAUCAAAGGAUAUGGGACCUGCAAAAUACAGUUCCAAUAUUUUUAGUUCUAAUUAUUGGACCAUUACUAAACUUCAAAUCACCAACAUUCUUUACCAAGUUCAAUUCCUUAGGAACUCUAUCUGUUAUGUACAUCAUUCUGUUUGUCAUCAUCAAGUCUUCUUUCUGGGGUAUCAAUAUCGAUCUAAAAGAUGUGACCAGUAUACAUUACACUCCUCUUAUCAAAGGAAGCUUUCCAGCUAUGUCAGGAAUGCUGGCGCUCUCUUACUUUAUUCACAAUAUUAUCAUUACGCUGAUGAGAAGUAAUGCAAAUCAAAAAAACAAUGGUAGAGAUUUGACUAUAGCCUACAUUUUAGUGAUGCUUACAUAUCUUAGUAUUGGAGUAGUGUUUUUCUUGGGGUUUCCUUUGGGGAAGUCUUGUAUUCAAGAUAAUUUACUCAAUAACUUUGCUACAUGGGAUAUAAUGACUGUAGCUGCAAGAGCAUUCCUACUAUUCCAGUUGAUGACUGUAUUUCCUCUGAUCUCCUACAUGCUAAGGGUCCAGACAAUGGUAGCACUCGUAGGGAACCCCUAUCCAAGCAGAGGCCACAUACUCCUCUUCAACGCCUUUGUCAUCACUGUCUGUGUCUUGUUUGCAGUAUUUCUUCCCAAAAUUGGAACCAUAAUUAGGUUUACUGGAGCUCUGAGUGGCUUGGUUCAUGUCUUUGCUAUUCCUUGUCUCCUAAGGCUUGCUACCCUCAAGAAAAGUGGCAAGAUAUCUACACCUUCCUAUACAAUGUACAUUCUUAUCAUAAUAUAUGGAGCAGCAAAUCUCAUAGGCCAGUUCUUUGUCAAGGAUCGUUAAAUAUCGCAACUAAUAAGAUAUUUUAUUUAAUAACUAUCAAGUUAUACUUGAAUUGUAUAUAUUGUUUAUAGAAUUUAUUAUUUAUAUUCUAAAUAAAACAAAUUUUUAGUGUUUUUAAAUUUUGAAAAAAUCAUAAAUUUAAAUACAAGUUGUUUUGUCUGUGUUUAAUGUGAUUUUGAUGUUUCAUAUUAAAAAAUAGUUAAAAUAGAACUUCAUUUAGAAUAGAUUAGGCAUAGAAUUACAAUUUAAGUAUGUAAAAUACUUUUUUAUUUACAAUUGCAGCUAUAUUUUUAAAGCAUUUUAAUGCAAUGUUUUUUUUUUAGUUUUAAACACAACUGUAUUAUUUUAUUUGGUAUUACUUUAAAUUUAUUAUUCUAGGUCAAUAAUAAAAGCUAAUAUAUUAAUUAAUAUACAAUACAUGUAUAUAAUAAUGUUACUGUGACAAUAAAUUAUAGAGUAAUAUUAAGGUUGUAAAGUAAUUUCAGUUAAUCUGAGUUACUUUCUUUUAAUAAGAGAAUUUUAGUUCCAGAAAUUAUAGGAUACAAUCUUAAUUAUAAGCUUUGCGCUAAUCACUAUGGAUCAUUAUUAUAAAAUAGUGAUUAGAAUUUCUUUACUAAAUAAGUUUUGCAUUAUCAGCAAAUAAUCCUUUGGUAUUUUAAAAAUUACAAUACAGCAGAAUGGAAUUUUUAACUAUUACUUAUAGCACUAAAGUUUUAAUUAGGUAUGUACCUGUUAAGUCUUAAAUUAAUUACUAAAUCUCUGUGAUUUAACUGUUCUGCAUUCCUCAAGUCUUAGAAUAUUGUUUUUUUUAUAUUUUGCUUUUUUUAUUUUCGAAUGAAAUCUUUUUAUCUUGUCAUCAUUUCAUUUAACCUAGAAGUAGGUAAUUUAAUUUAAAAUAUUUAUGUUCCGAAAUUGUAAUGUUUUGUACAUUAUCUAAUUUAUCCAUUUAAAUUUUUAUAUUUAAAAAAAUCAAAGUAUUUUUUGUUUAAAUAAAAUUGUUAUUAGAGAGUUCAA